AAGCUCUCACCAUAAAACCCUAAGCUCUCACCAUGGCAACCCACCAACCCUUGCUUCAGCCUCCAUCGCCAAGACCUUCUCACACCUUCAAGAAUUUCCUCUGCCUUCUCCUCUCCCUGUCUGCCAUUGUGGGCCCAACAGCCCUAAUUGCCUUCCACCUCAUCAAGUCCAGCCCCUCUGAUCAACCCUUCCUCGCCCAAGUUUGCGCCCGAGCCCAUGACCCCGAUUCCUGCUGGAGCCUGCUUUCAGAGGUCGGGCCGGUCACCCGAACCAACGGUGCAGAUCUUCUCCAGAUUUUCCUCAUGAAAUCGGCGGUUCACCUCCGAAAUGCCAUUAAGUUGGCGGCGGAUGUCCGCAGUCGGAUCAACGACCCGAGAGAGGGAUCCGCCGCGGCCGACUGCGCCUACCUGAUGGACCUAUCCAUGGACCGGAUAACCAACUCGGUAUCCGCCCUCGGGAAGCGAACCUCUGGUUCCGGAUCCUUUUCGGAUGCCCACACGUGGCUGAGCGCCGUGCUCACCAACUACGUCACGUGCCUAGACGGCCUCACCGGGUCGGGCCGAUCCGCGAUGGAGCCCGGUCUGGGGGACUUGAUAUCCCGGGGGCGGGCGGCGCUUGCGAUGCUGGUCGCGGUCUCGCAGCCGGACGAGGAGGAGUUGGGCCGGUCGGGGAGGGGGGAGUUUCCGGCGUGGGUCUCUCGCGAGGACAGGAGGCUCCUGGAGGCGACAUCGGCGAGGGAGAUCAAGGCUGACGUGGUGGUGGCGAAGGACGGGAGCGGGAGGUACAAGACGGUGGGGGAGGCGGUGGCGGCGGCGCCGGAGAAGAGUCAGAGCCGAUACGUGAUACACGUGAAGAAGGGGACGUAUAAGGAGAACGUGGAGGUGGGGAAGAAGAAGACGAACGUGAUGAUUGUUGGGGACGGCAUGGAUUCGACGAUUAUUACGGGGAGCUUGAACGUCGUUGAUGGGUCUUCCACCUUCAACUCUUCCACCGUCGCCGCCGUUGGCGACGGAUUCAUUGCCCAAGACAUAUGGUUCCAGAACACCGCCGGGCCGCAGAAGCAUCAAGCAGUGGCGCUCCGAGUCGGCGCCGACCAAUCAGUCAUAAACCGCUGCCGCAUCGACGCCUACCAGGACACCCUCUACGCCCACUCCAACCGCCAAUUUUACCGCGACUGCUUCGUCACCGGCACCGUCGACUUCAUCUUCGGGAACGCCGCCGUCGUCUUCCAGAACUGCAAGCUGGUCGCCCGAAAGCCCAUGGACAAACAAUCCAACAUGGUCACCGCCCAGGGCAGGGUCGACCCGAACCAGAACACCGGCACUUCCAUCCAGUACUGCGACAUAGUGGCCAGUUCGGAUCUUGAACCCGUGAAGGGUAAGAUCCAAUCGUACUUGGGUCGCCCGUGGAAGGAGUACUCUCGGACCGUGGUGAUGCAGUCCUCCAUUGGGGACCAUAUUGACCCGGCAGGGUGGGCACCGUGGAGCGGGGAUUUUGCUCUGAAGACGCUGUACUAUGGGGAGUACUUGGACAAGGGAGCGGGUGCGGGUACAGGCAAACGGGUAAAAUGGCCGGGUUACCAUGUGAUCACUAGUCCAGCAGAAGCAAAGAAAUUUACGGUGGCUGAGCUGAUACAAGGAGGAGUAUGGUUAAAGAACACUGGAGUUACUUUUACUGAAGGGCUGUGAGUAUGAUCAAUUCCUAAUCGAACCUCCAAUGUGCUUGUGUGAGUGUGCCACUAUGUUUUUUAGGUACCUUUUCUUGAGGCUUGUUUGGGUUUUUCCUUGUCCUUUUUUUUUUUUUUUUUGAGUUCUGGCGUUGGAGUGUGACAAUAAGCAGAGUAAAGUAACUAAAAAUAAUAACAAUUAACUUAAU